CCGAAGCGUGAAAAUCGGCAGUUGUGUUGAAGAAAGGGGCAAGACUCGAUGGGAGCUCUUAGGAUCCUUUUGGUUGUCGGAGGCAACGUUUGCCUCCUCUCUACCUGGGUCGCAAAUGCGUCAAAACCUGACACUUCUCCCGGCCGAGAGAAAGUUUUCAACGGAAAAUGAACAAAUGGCCUGAGUGUGUUUUCCUUCUGAUCUAGGAGUAAAUAGUUGUUUGGGAUUUUGGAGGUCUGCAGGCUGUUCCGCACGAUUUGGAAAUAAUCACCGUGUCAGUUCAAUCUUUCUUAUGCAAAGUAGCUGUCUUUGAAGGCGGAUCUUUUGGCAGGUUAGUUCAGGACGACAGCGGUUGCACAGCGCAGUUUUUCACAGGAGCUAACAACUCGAAAGUUCCUUUCGCAGAGCCAGUCGUCGUGGUCUUUGCAAUGUCUCUGUUUCCUCAAAAGUUAUAAAUUCGUCAUAGCAAAUUGUUCAUAGCACGCUGGGAGACGACUACACGCCAUCGCGACUCGGUUUACAGCAAUGCAGUUGUGUGGGGAUACUUCAGUUUACUUCGUCUUGUGCCGGAGGACUGAGCGUGGUAACAGCGCGCUAUAGCCGAGAUCUGAAGCCAAGAAGUGCCUUGCGCCGGGGAAAUCAACUCUUUGCGGAUGUCUGUAGGCUAGGAAAGGAGGAAUCUGUAACCGUUAUUCAUCUUUAAGUUUUUUUUGUGGAAUUACAACACACUUAUUUUUACGGACAUUUAAUUAUGCUGAUCAAUAAUUUAUGUGAGAGGAUUUUCAGGAUCCGUUAUGUCUGAAAUGAUGUGAAAAUCCCGGGACUUUACUUGCCUUUUUCUUUGGAAUACUCUGGCUUUCAUUUGGGGAACACAAUGGCAAUAUUUUGGACUGUACUUAAACUGAAGUUGUCGUGAUUCUGCUUCGGGACACUCAAGUUCACUAAUAUUAGCGAUACAUGACAUUGUCUUUCGGGGUGCAACAACAACUCGUGUGGAACAUAAAACAGGGAUUGUACCUCGUUAUAUCUGAGGAAAUUCUGAACAUUAGACGUCCAAGUUUACAGCAAACUGGGCUAUUUUCAUGAGUUAAGUGUGUUUACGGAGAAACGAUGACGCUUUCGUCCGGUAAGCUGACUUUCCUUUGCUUGUUGCUGGCGUGCGGGGCUGCGUUCAGCUCCGUCAUCAGCUCGCUGGACCCGGAGCAGCCGGGGGAGGGUCGCUGCCAGAAGAUAGCCAUCCCCAUGUGCAAGGACAUCGGCUACAACUUGACGGUCAUGCCCAACCUGAUGGGGCACGAGGACCAAAACGAGGCGGCCAUCAAACUGCACGAGUUUGCUCCGCUUAUCCAGGUGGGAUGUCAUAGCCACCUGCGCUUCUUCCUGUGCUCUCUCUACGCGCCCAUGUGCUCCGAGAAGGUGUCCAUGCCCAUUCCGUCGUGCCGCGUGAUGUGCGAGCAGGCGCAGCAAAAGUGCUCACCCAUCAUGGAGAAGUUCAACUUCCACUGGCCGGACUCACUGGACUGCUCCCGGCUGCCCACCAAAAACGACCCCAACCACCUGUGCAUGGAGGCCCCCAACAACGGCUCAGACGAGCUCUCUGACUUCCAGCCCAAGAGGACCAGUAGCACUGUAGGUGGAGGAGCAGGAGGAGGUGCAGGAGGAGGUGCGGCGGGCAGCGUCGGUGGCGGCGGUGGUGGAGGAGGAGUGGCGGGGAGCGGACGCAAAGACGGGGUUAGAGACGGCGCGGACGGGGGCCGUGAGUCGGCAGCGGCGGUGUGCGGCGCCGGCGACCCGCGCAAGUUCCACUACGUGCAGAAGAGUGGCGCGUGCGCCCCCCGCUGCUCGCCGCGCGUGGACGUCUACUGGAGCCGCACGGACAAGCGCUUCGCCGCCGGCUGGAUGGCCGCCUGGUCGGUGCUCUGCUUCGCCUCCUCGGCCUUCACUGUGCUCACCUUCCUCGUGGACCCGCAGCGCUUCCGCUACCCCGAGCGGCCCAUCAUCUUCCUCUCCAUGUCCUACUGCGUCUACUCGCUGGGCUACCUGGUGCGCCUGUCCGUGGGCUCGGACAGCGUGGCCUGCGACAGCGACGCCGGCGUCCCCUACAUCAUCCAGGAGGGCCUGGAGAGCACCGGCUGCACCGUGGUCUUCCUCGUGCUCUACUACUUCGGCAUGGCCAGCUCCAUCUGGUGGGUCAUCCUCACGCUCACCUGGUUCCUGGCGGCCGGCAAGAAGUGGGGCCACGAGGCCAUCGAGGCGCACAGCUCCUACUUCCACCUGGCGGCCUGGGCGGUGCCCGCGCUCAAGACCAUCCUCAUCCUCACCAUGCGGAAGGUGGCGGGCGACGAGCUGACCGGCCUGUGCUACGUGGGCAGCCUGGACGCCGAGGCGCUGACGGCGUUCGUGCUGGCGCCGCUGGCGUGCUACCUGGCGGCGGGCACCUGCUUCCUGCUCUCGGGCUUCGUGGCGCUCUUCCACAUCCGCCGCGUCAUGCGCACGGGCGGCGAGAACACUCACAAACUGGAGCGGCUCAUGGUGCGCAUCGGCGUCUUCUCCGUGCUCUACACCGUGCCUGCCACCUGCGUCAUCGCCUGCUACUUCUACGAGCGCCUCAACAUGGGUCACUGGAGGACGCUGGCCAUGGACCAGAGGUGCUUAGACGGCAGCGGAAGUGGAGGCUCGUCGUCGUCCUCCUCCUCCUCGUUGUCGGCGGCGACGUCGCAGCUGGAGGGUGGCAGAGGUGGCGUGGCGGGCGAGGAGGGCGGCGAGUGCCUGCUGCGGAGCUCCAUCCCGGCCGUGGAGAUCUUCAUGGUCAAGGUGUUCAUGCAGCUGGCAGUGGGCAUCACCAGCGGCAUGUGGGUGUGGACGUCCAAGACGCUGCAGUCCUGGCAGGGCCUGUUCAGCCGCAAGCUGCGCAAGCGGACGCGCCGCAAGGCCACCUGCGUCUUCACCGGCGCCGGCGGACGCUACCUCAAGCCCCCGCAGCCCUCCGCUGGACUCAAGGGCCCCCACGCCGGAAAGUACGAGGCACCCGGGGCGGGACCCACGGCCACCUGCGUCUGAUCCACACACACACAUACACACACACACACACACACACACACAUUCUGCAAGCUCUUGCCUCUAAUCAGUUUCCCGAGCAACCUUGGGACCCUCAUAUUGUUUCAUAUUUAUUGUGUUUUUUUUUUUUUUUUUUUUUAUUCCUAUGACCACUCAACAGCAGACAAAAAGACUGACUGGUAAAGUGACUUUUAUGUUUCUCUGUGAUGCCUAGAAGGCUAUUUAAGCGGUCUCACUGCUUGCCCCAGUCACCUUAAUCCAGUCACAGAACUGAUGGAUUUCAGGAGUCGUACAGAGAAAGGAAGACUCUGUAAUCAAAAGAGGACAAACGUGAACCAGUCUUGGACUGUUUAGCACUGCACACAGAUUUUAGAUAUGAUGGAUUUCAGAUGAUAAUGACUGAGGAGUCAUUAAGAUUGUAUCUUCUCUGUGCCGGAGAGCCCUGUGCGGACACAGGCAAGGACACCUCUCUUACUUCAGCAGGAAAUGGGGCCGUGGGACUAAGAUCACAGGGGUCCUUCGUUUGCGCAUGGACACCUACUGCCUGUGGCCAAAGUGUGCGCAGACUGUAAACAAAAUCAAACAAGCACUAAAUUUGACAAAACAAAAGAGACGAGAGGGGCCAUGUUGGAUGUUUCGUUUAGUUUUGGAUGAGUUUUUUUGUACAGUGAAUCCUUUCGCUCUUUUGACCCUCACCUACCCCUGUUUCUGUCUCUUUUUAGCACAACACAUUGUAUAUAUUUCUAAAAAGUUGAUAUUUUAUAAGAAUAAAUAAAAGCUUUCUAGUUUUAAACGUUAA